AUGGCCUUCUCCGACAAUAGCAUCCUCCGUGUCCUGUGCGCCUUCAUUCUGAUCCAGUCGGCAUCUGCUUUAGCGACGACUCGAGCUCAGAAUGUAUCUCUUCAAGCCCGCUCCAAUCCCAUCUGCUGGUCCAUCCUUGUCAGUGCUGCAGACAACUGCGAAAGUCUAGCUUCCAAGUGUGGAGUCUCGUCCGCGGACUUCGCAACAUUCAACCCGGCUGUAUCGUGCUCUGCCUUGCCUUUUGGACUACCAGUCUGCUGCUCGGCGGGCACUCAGACUCUUCCACCCAAGGGAGCAGAUCCUCUGUGCUAUGACUAUACCGCGAGAGGCGGACACACCUGUCAGCAAAUUGCCGACGGAUACAAGCUCAGCGUUGCCGAUAUCGAGGCCUUCAACAAAGACACCUGGGACUGGAAAGGAUGCGAAUCUAUACAAGAAGGAAGCAGGAUGUGCCUUAGCUCCGGCGAGCCUCCGAUGCCAGUCGCCUUCGAAGGAGCUGUCUGUGGACCCCAAGUCCCGGGUUCUAUGCGCCCCUCGGACUGGAGCCAAGUUUCUUCCCUGAACCCAUGCCCAGCUGGUCAAUGUUGUUCUGGAGCAGGCAAAUGCGGUACUGGUGCUGAUUUCUGUGAGACGGGAAAAUCAGCCACUAAGAACGUUCCAAAGAAAGAUGCUCCAGCUGAAGUAGCAAAAGCCACCAACUCACAAAAUAACAAGCAGCUCGCUGUUACUGCUGUAGCGCCUCCUGCCACAGCGAGUGAGAUCAACUUCUUGGACAUUCCGUUGACCUACUAUCACCCCGAGGAAGAUACCACAGCCGUGGCUACAUUCACUACUAGCGCAUAUUCAAGCACGACCACGAGCUCCGCAUCAAAACCCGGCUCUAUAGAGACCGUCGAGUUCGGCUGGACGCUGAAGAUGUAUCCCGGCUAUGAUUGCAAUGACUCCUCGUAUAUGCUCCUCCGCGGCUACAACAAGAAGCUCGAGGACAGUGACUGUUUAGUUCUGCCGGGCUGGGACAUUGGCAAUAGCUACGACGGCGUUUCUGUUUCGUGUCAAUGGUGGACCAACGGUGGACUUACUUCGGGUCCUUGCAAUCACACCAAAUUGACGACGCCCAACUCUUGGCUGAUUUCGAACGGGCUCUGCACUGUCAGUCCGAAUGAGGUGUGCGAUAACUACAACGAUCUUAGCCAGACUUACGGCGCGCGAUGGGGCGGCGUUUGCCAAAAUCGCAAGUCGACGGACCCUCGGCCUUUUGGGUCGAUGAAGUGUUAUGUUGGAUAG